AUGCCAUUUCCCUGGGUGGUAAGCCUCUUGCUGGGCUUGCUGGCUCUCUAUGUCAUGAAGAGAACAAUGCUAGAGAGGAAACUCCCUGGUCCUCUUCCACCAGGUCCCCGGCCUAAGCCACUAUUGGGUAACCUUACGGAUUUACCCCCGAAAGGCGAACAGGAUUGGAUUCAUUGGGUGAAGCACAAAGAGCUCUACGGGCCAAUUAGCUCCCUUACAGUCUUAGGGCAAACUAUCGUCAUUGUCAAUGAUAUGAAAACUGCAGUGGGUCUGUUAAAUAAACGGUCUGCAGUCUAUUCAUCGAGGCCAAAGAUGGUCUUUGCGUCCGAAAUGGUGGGAUGGGAAGAUGGUCUCGCUUUCCAAGGUUACACUGAGAGAUUCCGGGCCUAUCGUAAAGCUGUUCAACCAUCAUUUGGAUCCGAGUCGGCUGUCGCGCAGUUCAACCCUCUUCAAGAAAAAGAGGUGCACCGCUUCCUGCUACGAGUACUCCGAGAACCAACGAAAUUGCUCCAGCACAUCCAAACAGAAGCCGGGGCCGUCAUUUUGAACAUUGCGUACGGAUAUACGAUCGAGCCAUUCCAUCGUGAUCAUCUUGUACAUAUUACCAACAUGGCGCUCGAUCAUUUCGCCAAAGCCGCGACUCCUGGAGCUUGGAUGGUAGAUAUCAUUCCGGCAUUAAAAUAUAUUCCUGCAUGGUUCCCAGGGGCAGGCUUCAAGCGCGUCGCGCAGUCCUGGAGGGAGCAAUUGAUUGGGAUAGCAGAUCGACCCUACGCAUUUGUCAAGGCACAGAUGGAGAGUGGCAAGCAUAAACCAUCAUACUUAUCAAACAUUCUCAGCACGCAAGGCGUCCCAGAGCCUGGAUCGGAGAAGGAAACUAUUGCUAAAUGGACUGCUGCGUCACUAUACACUGGCGGUGCUGACACGACUGUUUCAUCUAUCGCAUGCUUCUUCCUCGCUAUGGCUAUGUAUCCAGAAGUCCAACGUAAAGCACAGGAUGAGAUCGAACGAGUUCUAGGGCUCGGUCGUCUGCCAAAGAUGGCAGACCGUGCCCAUCUUCCUUACGUUAACGCUAUAGUUAAGGAGGUUCUUCGCUGGCAUCCUGUAGCGCCAAUGGCUAUACCUCAUUUAUCCACAGAGGACGAUACCUGGGGAGAUUAUUUCAUUCCCAAGGGCUCUUUAAUUAUGCCUAACAUCUGGGCUAUGAUGCAUGAUCCAAGCAUUUAUCAUGACCCCAUGACUUUUAAGCCCGAAAGAUUCCUUGACAGUCCAGAAAUCGACCCCCACUCUAUCGCCUUCGGAUUCGGUCGUCGUAUCUGCCCAGGUCGCUUCCUAGCAGAUAAUACCGUCUACCUGAGUGUAGCGCAAAGUUUGGCAGUAUUCAACAUUAGUAACCCUACACAACACGGAGUCGCGAUCAAGCAAAACCCCACAUUUGAGCCGGGUGUGAUUAGCCACCCAGCACCAUUUCAAUGUUCGAUCGCAGUUCGUGGUCCGGCUGAGGAAGCACUCAUUCUGUCUGUUGAGCAAGAGCACCCAUGGGAACCGAGCGAUGCGUCCGACCUGGAGAAGCUUGGAUAUUGA